AUGAAAGACGACCCGAACAGUGUCGUCCACACAACAAACACGAAGAAUGGCUCAGAAGAUCAAAUUUUUCUCGGUGGAAAGUGCGGCCAACGUUUAAUACCCCACAUCAUCGAUGAGACGGCUCGUCAAACUCCGGAUCUAGAGUGUGUGUCAAUUCCACGAAGCAACAGUCCCUGCGAUGGGUGGAAGCCCAUUAGCUGGUCCAAAAUCGCUAAUGCCGUCAAUUAUGCGGCACAUAUGAUCAUCAUCCAGGCCGGUCAACCAGUACCUGGCACGUUCCCUACUGUGGCCUAUAUCGGUCUUGAAGACCCACGCUACCUCGCCUUCGUGAUCGGUGCUAUAAAGGCGGGCUACAAAGCCCUACUCGUGUCACCUCGCAACUCGGUAGAGGCACAACUGAACUUAUUUGUUCAGACCGAAUGCAAUCUGCUAUUUCAUGAGCACCAGUACGCGCCAAUGGUACAGCCCUGGGUGAAUGCCAAGCCGGGAAUGAAGAGUGUGGCUGUAGCUCCAUUUAAUGAAUGGGUUACCGAUGGUGUGACACCAAUUCCAUACAUCAAACCAUUUUCAGAGGCAGAGUGGGAUCCCCUCGUGGUGCUGCACACUAGUGGCAGUACCGGGCUUCCAAAAGCGGUUGUAUUGCGGCAGGGUAUGGUCGCGAUGUAUGAUCUUCAUCGCUACAUACCAGCACGCAACGGCAGCUUGACUUUGCUUCCGACAUGGAAUGGCUUUUUCAAUCCGCGUCAUCUGCUUAUCAUGCCGUUGUUUCAUGCCGCAGGUAUUAUUAUGUCGACAGUGUUCGCAUUUUAUUACAAUGAUCCGGUCUUGUUUCGGGACCCUUCUCGACCGAUAACAGGCGAUAAUAUACUCGAGUGGUUGCGAAACAGCAACCCCGGAUGGACUAUUAUACCACCGGCCAUUCUAGAUGGAAUGUCGCGCUCACAAGAGGCAAUAGAUGAACUCAAAAAGCUGCAUGUCGUGGGGUUUGGAGGAGGCUCUAUCCCCCCCGAAACACCUAACCGACUGGCGAAACACGGUAUCAAAUUGGUGCAUAUAAUCGCAACUACGGAAUGUGCUUUCUUUCCAUAUUACUCUCAGCCGGAUGCCUCCAUGUGGGAAUGGUUUAUUAUCCCUACUGACUUAAUGGGCAUCGAGUGGCGGCCAGCUGGCGAGAAUGUAUAUGAGCAGGUCAUAAAGCGCAAGGACAACUCGAAGCACCGGGGACUCCAGAGCUGCUUUUACACCUUUCCCGAACUGGAUGAGUUCAGCACUAAAGACCUAUACCAGCCACAUCCGGCCCUGAAAGAUCACUGGAAAUACAUGGGAAGAGCUGAUGAUAUCAUUGUAUUCUCCACGGGAGAGAAGCUUAACCCUGUGACCAUUGAAAUGGCUGUUAUGGGCCACCCUGAGGUGAUUGGCGCCCAGGUCGUUGGCAGUAAGCAGUUUCACGCCGCACUAAUUGUUGAGCCAGCACAACAUCCCAAGAGCGAGGAAGAAAAAAAGGUGCUUCUUGAUGAUGUCUGGCCGACUAUUGAGGCUGUCAAUUCCGAAACAGUCGCUCAUGGUCGUGUGCCUCGCGACUAUGUCUUUUUGACGGACCCCAAAAGACCAUUUCCUCGUGCAGGUAAAGGUACUAUCCAGAGAGCCAUGGCUGCAAAGCUAUACGCACACGACAUCAAAAGUUUCUUCGAGCAGCGCAAAGAUGAAAUGGCCAUUUCAAUGGAUCUUGACGUCACCUCCCAGCCAGCAUUUGCACGGUCACUUCAGCAGUUAGUCCAAAGCGUGUUUAAAGGUGAUGAGCUGGGCGCAAACGAUGAUUUCUUUACCGCGGGGAUGGAUUCACUGCAAGCGAUUCAGCUGUCGCGCACACUGCGGGCAAGUUUCGAGACCGCGGGCAUUGAGCUCGGCGAAAAGGAGAUAGACUCGAGGACCAUCUAUAACUAUCCAUCAGUCACGAAGCUAGCAAACCAUACCUUGACUCUAGCUCAUGCGAAUCUAGGAGAGAUUAAGCCAGGUCAAAAUCCAAGCUCAGAUAUCACGGUCGAUGAGAAGGUGAUGUUCGAUGCACUCGUUAAGAAAUACAUUCGCGACCUUCCAGCUGCAACGCCCAAUAAGCCAGUUGCGGCCCAGAAGGGACAAGUGAUUAUCAUCACAGGCACAACUGGAGCACUAGGAUCAUACCUACUAGACCUUGCCUUGAAAUGUCCUCAUGUCGGCAAAGUGAUCUGCUUCAACCGUGGUGCCGAUAGUCGCGAGCGCCAGAUCAAGAUUACUUCGGCCCGGGGAUUGUCGACUGACUUUUCUCGAGCUGAGUUCCUGCAAGCCGACCUCGCUGAGCCAGAUUUAGGCCUGGCCCCUGAAGUCAAACAUCGACUAUCUGAUGAGAUAGAUCGCGUGAUUCACAACGCUUGGCCUGUGAACUUCAACAUGUCUGUGGGGUCAUUUGAGCUGCAAAUUCGAGGAGUACGUCACUUGGUUGACUUUAGCGCCAAGGUGGCCAAAAAGGCCGUCCCUAUAACUUUUAUUUCCACAGCUGGAACUGUUGAAAGGUGGCCGACACCGGAAGUUCCUGUACCCGAGAAGAGUCUACCAGACUGGUCCCUCGCAAUGCUGGGUUAUGGCCAGUCAAAGCUUGCAAGCAGCAUGAUUCUCGACCAAGCUACCAGAGAAUCAGGUGUGCCGAGCGUUAUAGUUCGAGUUGGUCAAAUUGCAGGCCCACGCGCGAAAAAAGGCCAAUGGAAUCCGCAAGAGUGGCUCCCAAGCUUGGUUCGCAGUUCUUUAUACCUGGGCCUCCUGCCUGACUCGCUUGGCUCAUUCGAAAAUGUUGGGUGGGCACCUGUUGAAGAUAUUGCCAAUAUGGUGCUGGAUAUUUCGGGUGUGACUUUUCCUCGACCGGCAGAGGAGGUAAACGGAUAUUUUCAUGCGCUUAAUCCGAAACCUACAGACUGGUCUAGUCUUAUACCCACUCUGCGUGACUUUUACGGCGAGAGAAUCCAAAAGGUUGUCUCAUUGGAAGAAUGGAUUUGUGCACUUGAACAAAGUCAGGUUGAUUCUUUGAGCAUAGAUAUCAACCCGGCGGUAAAACUGCUUGAUACGUAUCGAUUGGCAGCGGAGGGUGUCAAGAUUGGGACUAAGGGAAUUUCCAUGUCUACCACGCGUACUGAACUGUACAGUUUGGCGAUCCGACAGGCGGAGGCGGUAUCGCCCGCAUUGAUGAGACAUUGGUGUGAACAAUGGCAAUUUUGA